ACGAUAAAUUCUCAGCUUGCUUCGUUUGUUUCUUCGUUUCUAGUUUUAGAAUUUGAUUUCUACAGUAUCUGUUUUAUCUGGCGAGUGUUGGAGAAGAAUCUGAUGUUACUUCAUCGCUUAGUGUAGAUCUCCAACUACUUUCUGUUGUGUACUACAUGUGUAAAAUUCAAAUAUGCUUCUUCUCUGUUUUGAUAUUGGAUGUUGAUUUUGUGCGAAAACCACUUAUCCUCCGUUUAAUCGUUAAGCGAAAUUGAUUUCUCAGGGAAUUAAUGCUGGAGAUGUGAAGAAGCUUCAAGACGCAGGAAUCUAUACCUGCAACGGCUUGAUGAUGCACACAAAGAAAAACUUGACAGGGAUCAAAGGAUUAUCAGAGGCCAAAGUUGAUAAGAUAUGCGAAGCAGCUGAAAAGAUAGUGAAUUUUGGUUACAUUACUGGAAGCGAUGCUCUGCUCAGAAGAAAGUCGGUGGUUCGCAUCACAACUGGAAGCCAGGCCUUAGAUGAACUCUUAGGCGGUGGCAUAGAAACUUCGGCAAUAACAGAAGCCUUUGGGGAAUUCCGGUCCGGGAAAACACAGCUCGCACAUACUCUAUGCGUUUCCACACAGCUUCCCACUAGCAUGCGGGGAGGGAAUGGAAAAGUUGCUUACAUAGAUACUGAAGGAACUUUUCGACCUGAUAGGAUUGUACCAAUUGCUGAGCGGUUUGGCAUGGAUGCUGGAGCUGUUCUUGACAAUAUCAUUUAUGCUCGAGCAUACACAUAUGAGCAUCAGUACAACCUGCUUCUUGGUCUAGCAGCAAAAAUGUCUGAAGAACCUUUUAGACUCCUGAUUGUGGAUUCAGUAAUUGCUCUCUUUCGGGUGGAUUUCACGGGAAGAGGGGAAUUAGCAGACCGCCAGCAAAAACUUGCACAGAUGCUCUCCCGUUUAACAAAGAUAGCCGAGGAAUUCAAUGUCGCAGUUUAUAUGACCAACCAAGUUAUAGCCGAUCCUGGUGGAGGGGUGUUCAUAUCAGAUCCAAAAAAACCAGCAGGUGGACAUGUGCUUGCCCAUGCAGCCACAAUAAGGUUAAUGUUUAGGAAAGGCAAAGGGGAGCAGCGGGUCUGCAAGGUGUUUGAUGCCCCAAAUCUGCCUGAAGCUGAAGCAGUGUUUCAGAUAACACCAGGAGGUAUUGCAGAUGCAAAGGACUGAAAUCGGCUUAAGUUUCUUCUGCGACACCAGAAAAUGCUUGUCGGCUUUCAUUUUCCUGUUAUCUACUAAUAGUUUAGUAUAAAAGUUGUAAAUGAUCAACACAAGAGUCUCCUCAGCAAUAGAAAUUCCUCCAUAUUGAUUUUGAAUCUUAGCACCAUGAAAAGGAUUUUUAUCUACUCUCAUUAUGCUCUGAACAUAUUGUGACUUCUUUAGUAAGAGUAGAACAAGAUGUACUGCAAUUGGCAGACAUGGUGUCAUAAAAACCAAAUGACUUCAAUAACAUAUAAAAUUCAAUAUCAGC